AUGGAAGGGGUAGAUCACUUAGCUUUCGAAAGGAACAAAGCUCAAUUCGAUGUUGACGCCAUGAAGAUCGUUUGGGCCGGUUCUUCUCACGCUUUAGAAGUUUCCGAUCGAAUGUCUCGUCUCGUCGCCAGCGAUCCGGCAUUUAGAAAGGAUAAUAGAGCCAUGCUUGCCAGGAAGGAUUUAUUUAAGAACACUUUGAGGAAAGCAGCUUAUGCAAUGAAAAGGAUUAUGGAGCUUCGUCUUAGCGAGGAGGAAGCUUCUAUGCUUAGAUCCUUUGUGGAUGAGCCUGCUUUUACUGAUCUUCAUUGGGGAAUGUUUGUUCCUGCUAUCAAAGGUCAAGGAACUGAGGAACAGCAGAAAAAGUGGCUGCCUUUGGCACUAAAGAUGCAAAUAAUUGGUUGCUAUGCCCAAACUGAACUUGGCCAUGGAUCUAAUGUUCAAGGGCUAGAAACAACAGUAACAUUUGAUCCCAAAACAGAUGAAUUUGUUGUUCAUAGCCCCACAUUGACUUCUAGCAAAUGGUGGCCUGGUGGAUUGGGUAAAGUGUCAACACAUGCUGUUGUUUAUGGCCGCCUAAUUACUGAUGGUCAGGAUCAUGGAGUGCACGGCUUCAUUGUUCAACUGCGGAGCCUGGAUGAUCACUUACCUCUUCCCGGCAUAACUGUUGGUGAUAUUGGAAUGAAAUUUGGAAAUGGAGCAUAUAAUACUAUGGACAACGGGGUUCUGAGGUUUGAUCAUGUACGGAUUCCAAGGGAUCAAAUGUUAAUGAGGGUUUCACGGGUUACAAGGGAAGGAAAAUAUGUACAAUCAAAUGUUCCGAGACAAUUAGUUUACGGUACUAUGGUAUAUGUGAGACAAACAAUCGUCUCUGAUGCGUCGACUGCUUUGUCGAGAGCUGUUUGCAUUGCUACAAGAUAUAGCGCUGUUCGAAGACAGUUUGGAGCAACUGAUGGAAGUCAAGAAUCACAGGUGAUAGAUUAUAAAACACAACAAGCUAGGCUCUUCCCUUUGCUGGCCUCUGCUUAUGCUUUCAGAUUUGUUGGUGAGUGGUUGAAAUGGCUUUACACGGAUGUGAUGACAAGAUUGCAAGCAAAUGAUUUUUCAACAUUGGCCGAGGCUCAUGCAUGCACUGCAGGGUUGAAGUCCUUGACCACCUCAGCAACUUCUGACGGAAUUGAAGAGUGCCGUAAACUAUGUGGUGGCCACGGUUACCUUUGCAGCAGUGGUCUCCCCGAGUUAUUUGCAGUCUAUGUUCCUACCUGCACAUAUGAAGGAGACAACAUUGUGCUGCUUUUACAGGUUGCAAGGCAUCUCAUGAAGACUCUUUCUCGGUUGGGAUCUGGAAAAAAGCCUGUUGGUACAGUAGCUUAUAUGGGACGAGUGGAACAACUGAUGGAAUCUCGGUCUGAUGUUCAGAAAGCGGAGGAUUGGUUGAAUCCUAAUGCAGUAAUGGGAGCAUUUGAAGCUAGGGCUGCUAGAAAGGCGGUCGCCUGUGCUAAAAACCUUAGCAAGAUUAGCAAUCCGGAAGAGGGUUUCCAUGAAUUCUCAAAUGAUCUAGUUGAGGCAGCUCGCGCUCAUUGCCAGUUGAUUGUUGUUUCCAAAUUUAUUGAGAAGUUGCAGCAAGAUAUACCUGGAAAGGGAGUGAAACAGCAAUUAGAAAUUCUUUGUAGCAUUUAUGCUCUGUUUCAUCUUCAUAAGCAUUUGGGCGAUUUUCUUUCAACUGGAUGCAUCACUUCCAAACAGGGUUCACUUGCUAACGACCAGCUAAGGUCCUUGUAUUCACAGGUUCGUCCUAAUGCGAUUGCGCUUGUUGACGCAUUUAACUACUCUGAUCACUACCUAAGUUCAGUUCUUGGCCGCUAUGAUGGAAAUGUGUAUCCAAAGCUAUACGAGGAGGCAUGGAAGGAUCCAUUGAAUGAUUCUGUUAUACCGGAUGGCUUUCAAGAGUAUAUUCGACCAAUCUUAAAGCAGCAACUUCGUAAUGCUAGACUCUAA